AAAAAGGGGGCGGCGGAGGGGGAAGCGAAACGACGUAGUAGUGGUAUGUACUUGGAGGAAUUAAAAUGCAAAGGUAAACAAAUAGCAUCUCUAUUCCAAAAUGUGUUGUUUUCGUUCAACCUGAGGAAAUGCAGGAGCCCGCUACAAAUUAAAUCGAUUAUAUGCAUACUAGUAAAACACAUUCUAUUCAUAUUCAUUUAGCCCAUGAUUUUUUUGGUCUAAACAGCCUGGAACAUUUCUUUGAUGGUACAGUCUUGUAAUGGGCUAUUGGGAUAACACGCAUGUUAUAAUAUGAUAAUACAAUGGUCUGCAUGCCCUCUUAAGGCAUCCUUCUUGAAGGAUUAUACAUAUAGAAAAAAAUAACACUGGACACCUACAUUCACUUUGCGAAAAAAAUAGUAAAACGUAGAAAAUAAACUACAGUCAUUCUGAAAACUAUCUGCGUUUUGUGACGUACUUGACUGAUGCCGAUGUAUGUCGCUCGCUGACCUUGCAAAGGGAGGGGCGGCGUCCAGUGGGCAGACAACGGAGGAGUUGGGGGUGCGUGGUGGGGGAGGGAUGGGUGACAUGAGCGAGAGGGUGGGUGGGUCUAUUUCUGAGCCCAGGGCCGAGGAUUAAAUGAGAGAAGCAGUCCCGGCACGAUGACAGCAUCCUGCACAUAGACAGCACCCCACCACCACCCCACCAUCAUCCUCAUCCGGGAUCACGCUACGGAUUUUUCGGGGGAGAGACAAUCGCUGUUUGUGUUCACAUUCUCCGCAUCGCCCCUCCAUAGACUCCCGGUCUGCGCGCCUCCUCUUGAAAACCACGAGGUGGCUACACCAGACUGGGAGCAGCACCAAUGAUCACAAGGGUCCCCCUCCAGCUUCUUUCAGCCAAUCCUGGAGGGGCUGCGGAGCUGAUGUUUCAGAGGGCGUGCGGCUGUUUGUUUUGUGGAGUCGUAAAGAGGCUUACUUCAUCACGAUAAAUGGAGGAAAAGGAGCGGUGUCGGAGCAGGUCUCCAGCUCGGAGGGCUAGCCGGGUUCAGCAGGUGGUGGGAACCAUAAUACGUCGCACCCGAGAAUCACUCAGCAGAGAACGGUUGCUAGGUGAUGGGAGGCCUCAACGUUCCAACAGUCUGUCCAAUCAGAAUUACCAAGCCAAGCUGUCACUGCAGAUCACAAGGGAUCCUGUGCUGGACCGAAGUACCGGACAUGGAUUCGCCCUCACCGCAAACACACCCCUGCUGGUCAGGGAUGUGGCCACAGGGAGUCCUGCAGAUGGGAUACUCUACCCAGGCGACCAGGUGCUGCAGAUCAAUGAUACAGUGCUGGAGGAUUUGAAUAGCGAUCAGGUGGAAAGCAUCUUAAGGGACUUGGAGGACUGUAUAACUGUGACGAUCCUCCGGCACAUGACUAAUCCCAAAUCAUCCAUCAUGUCAGCAGAGAAGAGAGCCCGUCUGAGGAAUAAUCCAGUUAAAGUGCGCUUUGCAGAAGAGGUGGUGGUCAAUGGGCACACUCAGGGAAACUCUCUUCUCUUCCUGCCCAAUGUUCUAAAAGUCUAUUUAGAGAACGGACAGACCAAGGCCUUCAAAUUUGACCACACCACCACUGUCAAGGAUAUUGUUCUGACUCUGAAGGAUAAACUCUCCAUCCGGGCUAUCGAAUACUUUGCCCUGGUGCUCGAGCAGCAGUACAGCAUCACCAAACUACUGCUGCUGCAUGAAGAUGAACUUAUCCAGAAGGUGGUGCAAAAAAAAGACUCCCAUGAUUACAGAUGUCUGUUUCGGGUGUGCUUCAUUCCCAGAGAUCCCACCGACAUGCAGCAGGAGGACGCCUUUGCCUUUGAGUACCUGUUUUUACAGAGUGUUGGCGAUGUACUCCAGGAGCGCUUUGCUGUAGAAAUGAAGUGUAACACUGCACUCCGCCUUGCCGCCCUGCACAUGCACGAGAGACUGCAUAGCUGCGGACUGACCAGGACCUCCAUCAAGGCCAUUACGAAAGAGUUUGGCCUCAACAGCUUCAUUUCUCCCACGCUUCUGAGUAACAUGAGGGAGAAGGACCUGAGGAAAGCGAUCAGCUACCACCUCAAAAAAAUUCAGUCUCUGUUAGAGCCUCGCCAAAAGGUGAUCUCUGCUUCCCAGGCUCGUCUGGCCUACCUCACUCAACUAGGAGAGCUUGUUUCUUAUGGGGGAAGAUCCUACUCAGCUACAAUGAUGCUCCAAGAAAGGGAGGUCUUGGUCAGCCUGUUGGUGGGAUCCAAGUAUGGCAUGAGUCAGGUCAUCAAUCACAAACUCAAUGUAAUCUCUACAAUGGUUGAGUUCAGCAGCAUCAGCCGCGUGGAGUUGCUUUCUGAGUCGGACAAAGUCAGUCUACUGCGCAUCUCUCUGCACGACAUGAAGCCGUUUGCCUUACUGAUGGACUCUCUGGCAGCCAAAGACCUAGCAUGUCUGCUGGGAGGGUACUGCAAACUCCUGGUGGAUCCGAGUCUCAAUGUCUUCCGAAUGGGGCGCCCCAAAGUCAGGGUGCACCGCAUUUCUGCUGAAGAAGGUGUGUGUGGGAAGUUCUCCGUAGUAGAGGGCGUGUGCUAUGAAUCCCUAUCAAGUUAUGUGUCUCGCUGCUGUAGUGACUCAGAUGAGACAACGGAUGAGGAUGACCCAAUGGACUCUCAGAAUUACAAACACCAUGACCCAGCAAGUCAAGACUGGGAGGAAAGACGGAGGGAGGAGGAAGAAAAGAGGAAAGAGGAAGAAAGACAGGAGAGGGAGGAGUCAAAAGGCAAACAGGAAGUGAAGAUAAUAGUGACAACAGAGGGUAAGGAAUACGAAGGUGAAGAGGAACAAGGUGCUUCAGGAAGCGGUCCGCAUAAAGUGAUGAAUGAGGAACCGAAUCCAGCGACCACUUGGUACCACACGGAUCUACGGGUGACCAGCAGCUUUUCCAGUUUGUCUAGCAGUUCGUUGAGUGCUGCGCUCGAGGAAGGCGGUGCGACAGUUAAAGCUCGCCCUCAUCUUGAUACAUUGAGAGAGAAUCCCCAAACUUUGGAUGUUAAUCAACCCUCCCUUCUGGAACCAAAACGCCUCCAAGGCCCUUCAAGACCGACCAAUCUUAAUUAUCGAGUCAGUGACAACUCUUGUCUUUGUUGUGCUGAAUUCUCUAAAGCUGAUUUCCUCUCAAGCCCAUCAGGGGCCACUAGUGAUGAUGAAGAGGAGGAGGAAGACCGGGGAAGGGAGGUACUAAGACGCAUUUCUAAGAUCCCGAGUUCCAGAGAUUUAAGGAUGAUUGACAGCACACCUUUCGAGAAAGCGCCCAUUAAAAGAAAGAAGAAGACCCCUCCCAAAGUACCAAUACGAACCAGCUCCAUACCAGGUCACAAAGCAGGACAAGGUGAGGAGCGUCUCUCCAAGGAUGAAGAGUCUCUUUUCCAAACGCCUUCUUCAAACCCUAAAGCGGCUCUGUUGGUCAAAGAGAAUGUCUCAGAGUCUGAGGAGGAGUUCUUUGACGCACAGGAAAGAUUCACUCCUCCAGUUCCACAUCUCUCAGAUGUAGAGCUUGCAGAUCGGCGGAAUGCUAAUCGUUUCAGUGGAGCAUGGAAUUCUCUUCCAGCAGCUAUGGGUGACGAGCCAUCGUCACCUCUCUUCAAUAGAGUGCAACCUUCGAAAAUAAAGAAAGACACGGAGGAGCAUAAACAUCCCACAAAUACAGUCAAUAGACCGUAUCCUGCAGAGAAGCACGAUGUUAAGAUGAAACCACCAUUGGCACCUAAACCCCAGCUGCCUCCCAAACCUCAGAUUAUUCCUCCCAAGUCUCCCAAGCAUGGGAAAUCAUAUGCCCACUGCAAUGGGGAUGCCUGCGGACGUCUGUCUUCUGACCUCCUGGAAAUGGAGCCGGACACUAUGGAGUUCAAAUCAGUUACGCAUGGUACGGGAGGGUUGCCUCUGUCGACGCCGCUCAUAACCGCAGUGCGAUGUACCAAACAAUCGUUACCAGUCACGGCACUGCAAACGAGGGAAGAACAUGUAAAUAGGUCAAAAGGGAAUGGACAACAUGUCGUUCCGAAAGAGAAAACAUACAUUCCUGACAGAAAGGACCUUUCUGAAGUGACAAAAAGUCACGGCACGAUGAAAACCUCACAGAAUGAACCCCUCAUCCCUCGCUCAAAUUCAGGUUCAAAGUUAUCUGCUCCCCCACCAGUGCCACCAAAACCCACUUCCUCUUCAACCUUAAUUGUUAGCUCUCCAGUCUCUCCAACAGAUCCAAACAAAAGCAUCUUUAAAGACAGCACAAGCCCAUCAAAUGGUAUUCACCCCUGGAGCAGCCGCAAUGGCAGUGUCCAGUCAGGACCAAGAAGAGUCUCCGUGAGCCACGAGAGCCUGUCACCCAAAAAUGCAGACGCAUCAAUUGCCACCUCCCUCGCCCCGGACACCUCAAAAGCAGUUAUUGGCCAUGAAAGUAGAGAAGAGCAAAGAUCUGGGUCUGGCUCAGACCUUAGGAGUAGCUCUUCUAGCCUUGGAGGAAGACUCUCUGCCUCUGCUCUUAGAGGGAAGAUUCAGGCGCUUCCCUGGUACAUGACACGCUCGCAGGAGAUUUUAGGGACUCUGGACUACCCCUCUACCAGCUCAAUCAACGGGGAUACAUCUGGUUUUGGGUCAGGUUUGUCUGUAGCUAGUGGGCUGUCUGAUACAAACAAGACCCCUGUGAAAGAUAAAGAAACGGUGACCUCAAAAUCAGGCCGGGGAGGGAAUAUUUUAGAGGAUGGAGCUGAGGUUGUCAUAGCGACCAUUAAGGAGGCAGAGGAAGUACGCUCAUACUUGAGAAAGGUUAAUGGGACAAAUGGGUCACAUCCAAAUCUCAAUUUUGCAAGCAACAGUGGACACAAUGUUUCAUCAGAGCAACCCCAGUCACGGACGCACUCGGCAGUGGGAAUGGGAGGCAUAUCCAACAUGCAGGUCGGGGGCGAUUCGCCAACGACUUCUCUCGGAGACGGCACCCCUCCGCAGCAGAGGGAGGCUUGUGGCUGCCGUACCGUUUACGCCAACUGUUUCAGUGGAGACAACGAGGAUGGCAUCAGCUUUGACGAGGAGCUUACCGUCUAUGAGUUCUCCCGCCGGACGCGUCCCAAAACAACACGACCUCCUCCUGUCCCUUCGCCCACCGCACCCACUCCAAAUCCCAAUAUCCUGUCACUACUGAGAGACAACCCUCGUCCACUUUCUACUUUGUCCACUGCUUCCUCUGAACUCAGUCCCUUAGUUUCAUGUCCGGUGUCGCCGACAACCUCGCUCCGGGGUCCCCUUCAUUCCCUUACCAACAAGAACUACGGUGCCCUGAGAGGAGGUUUCGCCUCCCUGCGACAAGAUAUAGAUCAGCUUUUAUUGGUCUUGGAAAAGGCAAUACCCGGACAGAUGCAAACAAACCUCCUGUCAAAGCAGGAUAGUGCGGCGCCCGACCCCAAUCACAAUGGAAGUGAAGGCAACGCGACACAAACAUGUACGGGAUGCAGUCCCGGCAGCAUGACGGAGGCUGAGAGGAGUCUUCUCCAAGCAGAAGCUCGACGAUUGGCGUCCGGGUGUCAGCGGGCCACGCGUGUAGGCUGGGCUCCUGAUGAAGCCCUGCGUUCUUUAUCUAACGGCUUCGGUGCGUUGGUUCAGCUAUCGGCAGCAUGCAUGCGAAGCAGUCCAUGCUCCGACUGUGAGCGCUGUCAAAACGCAAGCUUGGACGAUGACAGCCAGGAGCCCAUGAACAAGUUGAAAGAGAUUGUGGCUCUGUACCGAGAAUUUGUUGGGGCUGUCGAGACAGCUGGAACUGGUGCUGGGGGCAAGAGUGUGGGACUUAAUGGCUUUGGACAGAGCCAAGGAGAAGGUGAUGGCGUCAGGCUUCUUGCCAAACGCUGCACUGUACUCAUCUCCUCUGUGUUUGCGCUCACACAGCUCUUCCGGACACCCACAUUAGGCUCCUCUGACACUGCUAGUGGUGUACCCCUCAACUUUUAACCUUCUUAACCCUCGGACUGUUAAGACACUGAAUUUCGCGUACGAGAGGUAUAGGGGCCUUUGUUCUUGUACAGUAAGUGCCAUGCACAUGCACGUCACACAUAUCUACAUGAAAAUACAAUGCCCACAAAACCCUAAAUGAGGAGGCGAAACUUUGCCUGGCCUCUUUGUGGAUGCGUAUGGACUAUGCAUUUGUACAUAUAAGUUUUAUAACUCUUAUAUUUGUCUUAUUUUAUUACAACCUGUGUCUGUAUGGAAGGAUGAAUUGUCCAUUUAUGUAUUUAUGUAUUUAUUUUUUACAGUAUUUGCACCGUGGUCUGUGAGGUUCAGGUCUCUGGUGGUGAAAAAAAUAUAUAAAACUAUGGAUGUCACUGGAUUUUUUUUUAACCGAAUAUUCAGACAGCAUUCAUUUUGAUUCAUUCACCCCACAAGGUGUAAUCUGUAAAUUGUCUCUUUUUAAAUUCAAACACCUACUACGGGUGGUCAUUAUCAUACGAACAAUCAUAAAUGCACAAAAUGGAACCAACUUGUUUUGUCUGUGCAUGCUUGCACCAAUAUUUUUUUUCUCCAACAUAAAUAAGAAACAAAUAACUUGGGAUUAGAAAGCAUCAUUACAAAUCAGGGAGAGUACUUCUGACUGUUAGAGAUUUCACCUUUUUAUAAGGCACAUCACCUUGUGUUAAGUGUUUUUCUGUCCUUACUGAGCAUUUUUGAAACACUUCCAUCAUUCAAACAUUAUGCAGUAUUACAAUGUAGUUUUCAUCCAAAGGACAGCAUGUACAUAUAUAUAGACAGCAUAUAUUUUCUGGAAAUGUGAGAAUAAGGACCGUGGCGUAAAGCAAGGGAAGGUGUUUAUGGUGAAAUAUUUUGGCAAGUCAGAAAAGUGACUGUUGACGCUGUUUUGAUGUAGCAAUGAUCCAAAGUCUUAAAACACCGAUCCACAAUUGUCUCCCGUAUGUUUUCCUUUUUGGGCACACCAUGAGCUGUAAACUGAGGUCCAAAAUGUACCAUUUUAUCUCUACAUGUCUUAUUAUCAAUAUCACUCCUUUAGUUUUAUGGCUAUGCAAACGCCUCAUCUCUCCAUAGUCUUUUCGUCUUCUUGUGCCAAUGCUGAAAACAACAAAAACUGCAUUACGUUUGUACGACAAUAAUGGGUGCUUUCUUUGUUGGAAAUGUUGGCCGUUGUCUCUCUUCUGGAGAACGUAACUACUUGCAACAUUGGGCAAAGUUGCGUGGCACUAGAAUUUGUCAAUAUAAAGACUCCAUACCGAUAUCUGGGAGUUGUCAGUGUUACAGUAACUUAAGCUGCCUGUUUACACCAUAUGGGAAAAUAGACAACAACGUCUGCUCAUACAAAUGUGAAAAAGAAAGACGACUUUGGUGAAGAUGUAGUCUUACAAGUACCGGUAGGUGACAGUUCAUGUUGAAACAGCCACCAACCUUCGUUCAAAGCCUCCAAUUGUGUGCCAACAUCUGGAGGUCGAACUCGUAACAGUAUCGUACUGCUGUUGCAUCUAACAGGCUCGAGCAUAAAACCUCUGCCGGUGCCUGUGCCACCUCAUUGUUUGUUCUCCUUCUGGGUUAGCGUUGCGCACUUAAUCCUGCAGUCAUGUUUCUGUACCCACAAUUAUGCAGAUGUACCAAGAUACGUGUUUGGGAAUAAAUGACAAAUUGACCUUU